CGCAACUAUAGUUCUCUCCCUCUCGUCUCCCCUGUCAGCUCUCACAUUGACAUCGUGACUCCGGCAGCGGCAGUCGCUGGCCACUUCUGUCUGGUACUCGCAGCCUCUCCCUGCUCGCUCUUUUAUCCCGUGAACACUCCGCCAUUGACAUAGUACGUAGCUGUCGCUCUCAGGACAAUGGAAUACAAGACGCAAUUCCCUGUUUUUUUGGAUGUCCGUUUCGUUAUGGCUCCUUAUGAAAGGAUGGUUUUUGAGCUAUUCUAUGACGUUGCCCCCUUUACAGCGGAAAAUUUCCGUGCGUUAUGUUCUGGAGAAAAAGGAGUGAGUGCUAAAACUGGAAGGCCUCUGGGGUACAAACGUAGUUUCUUUCAUCCUUAUAGGGAAGGUGACUCCUACAUAAAGGGAGGUCUAGUUUGCUACAAAACGGGGGAAUGUGGAGAAAGCAUAUAUACUCCACGUUUCCCGGCUGACUUUAAUAAUCUCAAACACGAUAAGGAAGGGCUUUUGUCUAUGUCUAGAAGAGACCAAGAAGCUUCUAAUUCUUGUUUCGUGAUCACACUGGAAGCUGAUCCUAGUCUUGAUAGUUCUCACGUGGUCUUUGGGAAGCUUGUGGGAGGACUAGAUACACUGAGAGCAAUUAGAGAUCAUGAUUUCUCUACACCGGUUAAAAUCAUUGAUUGUGGUGUUUUAUAUAAUGCCAAAAAUAUUCCUCGUGAUGUGAUUAUGAGGCCUUGUUGUUCUGAGACUGUGUCUUCUGAUACAGUGUCUUCUGAGGGAGAGCAGCAGGAUUAAGAUAGUGCAAGUGAAGAAGGGCCAUCUUCCUCCAACCCAGGUUCACAACCUGUCUUCCCCUAGGAAAUGGUCACAGUCCAUCUCACCAAAACUAGACGUUUAAAAAGUUGAAACAUUGCCAAGUUCACACUAUAAAGAUAUUACUCGUGACAAAUUCUCUUUUAUUUAUAUAUAUAUUUAUUUAUAUAUAGGAUUUAGGAUACCCGAAUUUUCUUGCUUGCCUUAUUAAUACAUUCCCACUAUUUGUAGAUGGAUUAUAUUGAUGCUGAGUUGAUGCUUAGGACAAUUGAUUAUAUUGAAGUUAACUCUUUUUGUGCAUCACAUAGGGAGUCAAAUGAAUUAUAAAAUAUUCCCUCCUGUCCGAAAUGUAUAGGGGCUUUUGGUAUUAAAUAUAAAGGUCAAGGCAUCUUGAAAUA